AUGGCAGAAGAUUUAUCGAUCAAUAAAAAUAAGAUCUUUGCGAGGCAAAGGUACGGCAACAGCAACAACGACAUUUGCCGCCUGUGUCUCAAGAAUGAGGCGCACAUGGAACCACUGUUCUACGCGAAUCUGUUCCCGAACAUUUUGCUGACGAAAAAAAUCUACGACUGCACCUCGAUUCAGAUACUUUACGAGCGCAAUCUGCCGAUGUUCAUCUGCAAGCUGUGCGCCAACAAGCUGGACGAGUACGUGCGCUUCCGGGAGCGCUGCAUAGCGAACGAUGAGUUUCUGCGCAACGCCCUGGCCGCGUUCGACCUGGCCGGAAGCUGUGGCGGCCCGGCUGGCAGCGUACCGAUGAUCAAAAUGGAACCAGAAGACACGCCACCACCGCCGGCGAAGCUCGCGCAGUGUCUGGGAGUGCUACCGAUGGAGCUGAACUGUGCGCUGGUGGCGGCAGCGACGGCCGCGGCCACCCACGGGCACCAGGCACCCGGGCACAAACAGGAACCGCCGGAUGAGGAACUGGACCGAUCGGAGUUUGGCUGCGGGGACCCGCUGGAAGACGGCUGCCGGACGACGCUGAACCGGAACCGGCUCCCGGGCAGUGAGGCUGCGUCGGGCGAUGACGACGGGGAAGAGGAGGACACCCUGGAGGAUGAUGCCGAGGGCGAGGAGGAGGAUGAUGGCGGGCGGUACGUGUGCGAGGUGUGCCCGAAAUCGUUCAAAAUACACCACCAUCUGCUCGUGCACAGUCACACGCAUUUGAACCAUCAACCCUCGGUUCCUUCUUCGGGUGGCGGCGGUGGCGGCGCCGCCAGUGUCGGGAUCAGCGGCACGGAUGGCGGUGGUAAGCAGUCGUACGCGUGCCCGAAGUGUGCCAAAGUGUUCGUCAACCGGGGCAACUUGCUGAACCACCUGGAAACGCACACGAACGAGAAGAGUUACAGUUGCGACAUCUGUUCGAAAUCGUUCAAGUACAACGUACAGCUUCGGUUACAUAUGCGCAUCCACACCGGCGAACGGCCGCACAAGUGUGAAAUCUGCAACCGCGGCUUCUCGCAGCUCUCCAAUCUGCGAUCCCACCGGAAAACGCACUCCAAAGUCAAACCGUACAAGUGCCAUUUGUGUCUGAAGAGCUUUACCGUGCUGGACAACCUGACGGCGCACAGUGCCAAGUGCUUGAAGGACAAGUUCCGGUGCACGCUCUGCUCGAAAUCGUUCGCCAAGGAGGGAAACCUCCUGUCGCACCUGCAGUCCCACAGCGAGGGCAUCGUCGAGAAGAUGUUCAAGUGCGAGAUGUGCCCGAAAAGCUUUAAGAACAAGGAGGACUGGAAGCGGCACGUGCGCGUGCACACGGGCGAAAAGCCGUACACGUGCGAUAUCUGCUCGAAGGGGUUCGCCCAGAAGGCGAAUCUGUUGUCGCACCGGAAGACACACCUCAAGCCGACCGUGGUCUUCAAGUGCGACCGGUGCGAUCGGACGUUCCGAUCGCAGAAAGUGCUCGAGGUGCACCGGCCCAAGUGUACCGGCGAAUCGGCGCCGUCCGAGUCGACCCAGGGCUCGCCCAGUCCGGUACUGGCCACCACACCCCCGGUCACCACCACGACGGGUACGACGAUGGCGACGACGGCGCUGACUGACUCCACACCACCGAGCCUCUCGGAAGCCCUGUCCGACCUGUUGCGCUACGAGAUUGCGCUGAGGGCGCCGCUCGAACUGCAACAGAUGUUGCUGGGCCACAUGGACCGAAAGAGCAACGGCGUCGGUGGUGGUGGUGGUGGUGGGGCCGCUGUAGGUGGCCACCACGGUAAGGCCACCUCGGGGCGUCGCUAUCGGUGCGACGUGUGCUUCAAGGGUUACUCGCAGUAUCCUUCGCUGAUCAAGCACCGGAAGCUGCACUUCAAGGUGCCGCCGCUGGUGAAGGUGCUCGCUUCGAAGGCUGCUGCUGCUGCUGCCGUCGCUGCCACUGCCACUGCCAAAGACGCGGCGGCCGUACGCGACACCGGCCCGGAACCGUCACUAUCGUCACCGGUCGGGACAGAAUCGGGACACAUCGUCGCCGUCAGCGCCGAGCGCCCGUACAGCUGUGAUAUUUGUGGCGGAAGCUUUGCGGCACCAUCUGCGCACCCACCCGAUCGCUGCCGAGAGGACCUUCAGCUGCGAGUUCUGCGCGAACCUGUUCCGCUCGAAAGAGGAUCUGAAUCGGCACCGCCGCUCGCACACCGGCGAGCGCCCGUUCCGGUGCCAGCGCUGCCCGAAAGCCUUUACGCAACUCUCGAACCUGCGGGCCCACACGAAGAUCCACGAACGGCCCAGCAGCAGCCGCAGCCGCAGCACGGGUCCUGGGGCGGAACGCCACCCGCCAGCGCCGUUUUGGCCGUCGGCGCCCCCAACCCGCCAAUCCGUGGAGGAGGACAGCACUGUGUAACGUAG